AUAUAGGGAUAGGAAAACAGGAAACAAGGUGAAUAAAAAAAUCUAGUUUCAAUCAGCUGCUCGUCAACGAACAACUUAGUGUGGCUAAAUAGUUCUCGCGGGGAAUCGUCGGAGUAUUGUGCAUAUCACAGCAUAAGAUUCGCACGGUAUAUUCACACGGCAUUGGUCUUCGGCUCGACUGUGCAAAUGGAAGGCAAACACGUGGGACUAAAAGCGUAACCAGAGUAGAAGGUGGUGAGUAGUUCCGGUGGAAUUUUUGGGCGAAGUAUGAAAUAUUCAGAAGAGGAAACCCGGAGAACGGCAGAAAACAACCGGGAAACGUGGUUAGAGUUUUAGUGUUGAACUACGCGAAACGAGAUUCUGUCUCCGCUGGAUUUGAAUUAUCCAGGGAUUACAUCCCUCGGAGAAAUUAUCCUGCGGUUUCCAGUGACUUGAAGGACGUUGAAUAUUCGCAUAACGGUCUCUUUGCCGCGGAUAAUAUGCGGAGUGUAAGCGGAACGAUCGAUCCUCCAAAAAUCAACGGCUGGAUUCGUCCAAAAAGGCGUGGACAAGUCCGACAUAGACCAUUUGUUAAAAAGCUCAAACUCUACUGUGAAAAUUCAAGCUUGAACGGCUGCAAGUAUUUCACUGAACCGGGGCGACAUUGGCUUGAGAGAACAAUUUGGGUCUUUCUUUACACCAUGACGAUUUGUGGGGCGGCUUACGUCGUCUUUGAUGUAUACGCCGAUUACAAAAGGUCUCCGAUUAUAACAACCGAGGACAAUGAUCCGUAUCCCACAAGUAACGUUGCAUUUCCUGCGUUGGCCUUGUGUACUUUGAACCGAAUUAGUUACAAAUCUGCAAGCUCAUUAGCCGAAUCGAUUUUCAGAGCAAAUAUUUCAAACUCAUCGUCAGAAGAGAUUCUGGGGCUGCUCAGGUACUUGGGAAAUUUGUACGAUUACGACUACGUGUCAUUUGAAAAGCAGCAUCAAGCUCUCCAUAAUAUGCUCAAGGUUUUUUACAACGGGGAGUAUGAUCCCAAUGAAAUAAUGAAAAAUUUAACGCCGAAGUGUCACGAGGUUAUUUUGGGCUGUACUUACCGAGGGAAGCAGAGGCCGUGUACGAAUCUUUUUACAUUUCGAAAAACCCAGGACGGCUACUGCUGCACAUUCAAUUACGUUCGUCAGAAUGACGAGUUUAUACCGGCAUCUGAAUACAACAGAACCGGAUAUCAAAGCAAAGUUUUACAAGCGAUAGCACCUGGAGUUGCUACUGGUCUAACUAUUUCGAUCGAACCAUUGCUUGACGAUUACUACUACACAAUACCACCAGGUAAAGGUUGGAAGAUAAUUAUAUUCAAUGCAGAAGAUUAUCCUGAUAAUCCAAGUGGUGGUGUAAUUGAACAAAUGAUAUCCCCGUCAACUGAAACGUAUUUAAGGCUAGAAGCGAUAGUGUUUUUUACACCUGACGAAAUAAUCAGUUAUCCUGUACAAAAGCGGAAAUGCAUAUUUAAUACGGAGCUGCAAAAAUUAUUCACCGGAUACACGUACAGCGAUUGUAUCGUAAACUGUCGCGUUGACGAUAUAUGGGAGACGUGUAAUUGCCUGCCCUUUUUUUUCCCUAAGAGAGAUGAUCGUAGAACCUGUGAUAUGACUGACCUUCCGUGUUUGAACAGCAAUAAAUCGAAAUGGUGGGUCCUCUUUCCUCACGAAGUUCCUGACGACGAAACAAAUCUCAACAGUGAAAGGUACUACGGACCGAUGAAGUACGAGGCUGUCACAGGCAUCGACUGCAGCGAAUGUUAUCCAGCCUGUAACGAUGUCCGUUACUUUGUUUCGAAUAGUGUCACCAGCCUGCCCACGGAAGCGGAUUUUCCCAACAACAUUACGAAUAACAGUAACUCGUCAGAUCGCAGCAUCAUCCACAUAUAUUUUGGAGAUGACUCUGUACCCAGAUUGAAGCAGGACAUCACAUAUUACUGGUACGAGCUGCUGAGUAACAUCGGUGGAAUUUGCGGUGUAUUCGUGGGAUUCAGUCUGAUAAGCAUACUCGAGCUGAUCUUCUUCCUCUUAGUUCCGGUAUUACCGACGAAGAAGGAAAGUGGAAACAAAAUUCAAGAGGUCGCUCUCUAUUGGGAAGAACUGGGCUCGAUGAGGCGGUGGAGAAAACGAGCAGAAAAAAACUGCGGAUAGAUAUCUACAAUUAAAUCCAGACACGAUGCCUUGUGAUUCUCAACUUUCGAGGGAAUCGGAAAGUUUUCAACGAGCAAAGACGGGAUAGAAUUAAAACGGCGAAUAAUCACACCUACGUCAAUUUUUCAAGCAAAUUUAUUUUGAUCGCAUUGAUCGCUGGUUGACGUUAAAAAAAACAUAUUAAUAAUCAAGAGAGGUAUUAAUAAUGUGGGUGAAUGAAAUUGGCAUUUUUUUUUAACUCCCCUUACAAACUGUAGCUGAAAUUUGUGAGAAAAGGGCAAAGAUAAAAGAACGGCGGCUAAAAAUGCAAAAAAAAAAAAAAAAAAUAACUUCAAACAAUUCGAUUUAAUUGUUGCUGAAGUAUCUCAAAUAAUUGAUUUUCAUUCGCGGACGUCGGUUCAGUUUUUCUGAAAUUUCGUUAAAAACUGAUGGCGUUAUCUCGCAGAAUUUUGAUACUUUUUUCUGUCCUAGUUUUCUGUGUUGAUCGUGGAUGCAACAAAAUUUUUCAAACUCACGCAUCGAGUCAAAUUUUCGAAUUUUUUACUCUUUUCGAAUACGAACUCUCUGAAAAUCUUUUAUUUGGACGAGUUUGGGUAUUGCAACUCUUUGAGAAUUUCAACUUUAAAUGAAUUUUUCGUUAAUUUAUGAUUUUUCAAAUUUGCACGUAAGGUAAAUUUUUAGACGUCGUUUUUUUUUUUUCUUAUUUUUUUUUUUCAAGUAUCGUACACACAUUGUCACAGGAUUUUGCCUAAGCUCUCACCUCGGAGUGAGAUAGCCUAAAUUUUACGUUGAAAAAGGGCUAAUUUUUUUGUCACGAUUAUAAAAAACGAUCGUUUCUCUUUCAAAGUGAAGCUGUUGAAAAAAUUCUGUGACAAUUUGUCGGCACUUGCGAGUAAAUUAUGCCAGAAAAAUCCGUAUAUUAUGCUACAAAUAUGAAGUGAAAAACCUUGCAGGCAAUGAAUUUUCAUCCAUUUACACUCUGUCAAAAUUGCACUCCGUGCGUCGCCCUCGUGAAUUUAAACGAUGAUGUAACAAGCCAAAUUUACUCUGGAAUACCUAAGAAACGCGUAACUAGAAUCUGCUAAAUAUUUAAACAUUUCCUUUGUGAAAAAAAAAAUAAAUAAAUAAAAAAAAUCAACCGAAAUUCCCGAAAUGCCAUCCCAGAGGAAUUUACCAAUUGCAAAAUAAAUGCCUGCAAUAUUCCACUCUGCUCAAGAAAUUUUCGACGAAUGUACACCGAGACAAGGUCGUCUCACAAUAAUCAGAGUCGAGUCGUAAGACGGCGAAUGAAAUUAGUCGCCCGGUGCAGGGUGCGUAAUUCUGACCACUGAGCAACGGGAAUUUGGUUAGUUAAUCCGAUAUUAAUUUGGACAAAUCGUCAUUGCGUAUGUGGGGUAUCCCAAGUAUGUUUCGGGAGAAAUGGGCUUCGAGUCGCCUCGCUGAGCACAUCGCGAUUCUCACCGAAACGCGUGCAUCGGUUACACGAUGCAAGAAUUCCUGCUAUUCUCAUCGUCGCUACGUAAUCGCCGAUUUCCUCUUAAGUGGCCUGCAACUAUUUCAACCAGCGACUUUGACGGAGAACUUCUCCUCCUCCACGCUUCGGUGCGUCGCUGUACGGAAGGAUCGAUGAUCGCGUAACUAACGUUUGUAGUAAAGCUGUACGGAUGGAUCACGAUCAACGAAAAAUAUGCCCAACAUCUUUUUCCACCGUUCGUAAAGCAAGGUGGAGAACAGGAAACAAGCUAAAACUAAAAUUCUGACGAUACUAAAAUUUGCUGAUAUGAAAUUUGGAACAGUUACACUGUUGAAUAUGAUUGCAAAUUUUUUACACCAUUUACCGUACAAUAGUGUUGUCAAGUUACGAAAUCAGGUUGCAAUUUUACAAGCCCGGUGUGGUGAUGUAAAUUGAUUACUAUGUAUUUGCCUCAAAUUUACGUUAAAGAUGUUUGAUUUUACUGAAAUUUAUAUGGAAACACAGAAACUUGUUUAAAUUAACUACACAAUUUACUAAUUUGUUGCGUUUGUAAAUUAAUUAAACAGUGAACUUAUGGUCGAUUCACUGAUCCGUAUCCGAAUGAAACUUACAACAGAGUGUGGGAAGUUUCGUACAGAAAUUUUUCGCAAAGUAGAUUCAAAAAUGGUUUGUUUUUUAAUAUUUUUGUAAUAUUUGUAGUCGUAAUCAGUUACGCUAGUUCCACAUAACAAUCAACUCUUCAAGCGUCACUCUUUCGAAAAGUUUCGCACGUAAUACUGGGCCCAAAGAAAAAGGUGGUUGUGAGCUUUUUGCAAAGAAUGCUGAUUAAAAUUAAAAAUGUAAUCCUUGUAAUAAUUUUGUAAUCAAUACAAUAUUUCUCUAGUCUUAAUCACUUACGCUAAUUUCACAUAACAAUUACUACUCGUUCGAAAACAUUCGAAAAUAAUGCUGGGCCCAAAGAAAAAGGUGGUUGUGAGCUUUUAGCAAAGAAUACCGAUUAAAAUUAAAAAUGUAAUCCUUGUAAUAAUUUUGUAAUCAAUACAAUAUUUCUCUAGUCUUAAUCACUUACGCUAAUUUCACAUAACAAUUACUACUCGUUCGAAAACUUUCGAAAAUAAUGCUGGGCCCAAAGAAAAAGGUGGUUGUGAGCUUUUAGCAAA